AAAACAGUCACAUGAUCAUCAGCCAUUCACGUGACUCUCGUACAGAAUGACGGAAGUAGGAAUGCGACGCAGUAGUCUCUCAACAAUGGCCUUCACGUCGGUUUUAUUAUUUAUCUGCUCGACUUAUAGCUGUUAUGCUCAAGCGCCUUUGCUCAUGUGGACCAGUGAGGGGUCCAACAUGCCACAUCUGGCUCAACCAACAGCUGGUCAGACAGUGUCUGGUGGGCAGCUGGCGUCUUAUCUGAAAUCUGCCUUGUCCAUUGCUCCACACAGUAUGCUGCUCUUCCUACAGGAUCAGCUAAGUAUGGAAGACUUCACUAUGUACGGUGGAGUGUUUGGCAACAAGCAAGACAGUGCCUUUUUGAAUGUAGAGUCAGCACUUCAGACGUCCUCCAAUCCCCUGGUGUUGCCAGCCCUGGACUGGUCUGCAUCACAUUCCAUCCUGGAACUCCUCCAGGGAGAGCUGGGUAUCCCAGCAGUCCAGAUCGACCCCAGCACCCUGAAGGAAAUCAAGCUGAACACCGCACAGCCUUCACUACUGGCUGUCCAUCUCCCUUACACUGCUGGGGAUCAGACAAAGGAAUUGCUUUUGAAAAAUGAUGCGAUCAUGGGAGAGGUCCUCGACAUGUUCAAAUCUCUGGAUGUGCCUUACACCGCUGUAUACACCGGCCUGAAGCCUUCUAGAGUCAUUGAGGACACCCCAGUAAUGGCAGGACAUUCUGUGGGCCGAUCGCUACUUCAGGCACCACCAGAGUCACCUGUGAAACCCCCACUUGUCGUCAACAACACAGCGGGACAGCCCUGCAUCCUGCUGUGGGCCGACACUCUCCUCGCUAGUUACUCUGGGAACCAGGUUGAUCUGGCAAGAGACAUUUUUAAUGGUUCUGCUGACGUCACGGCUGGUUCUGUUUGCAAUGAAACACUGUCACGACUCGUCCUUAAUUACCGAAAUGUUCUGAAUUUCCGAUCCCUCCGGCUUAUCUUCUCUAUGCGCAAGAUCUUCUUUCCUGUAUCUGCUCGCGACUGGUCGGUGAUGGAGCAGGUGGUGCUGGAGUAUGAUGGGCAGAGGGCCAUCUUUAACGCCAGCGGUGGGAUCUACUCUCCUGCAGAGUAUUCUUUCCAUUGCCAGAGCGUGAGCAGCGCUCAGAGCCCCCUGCUGGUGCCCCGCAGUGCUACAGACAACGCUACCAUGUGGACGCUGUCCUUCACUGAUUUUCAGAUCCAAGGCUUCAGCGUUACUGGUGAAGACUUCUCGUAUGCCAGCGAUUGUGCAGGAUUCUUCACUCCGGGGAUUUGGAUGGGCCUGCUGACCUCUCUGCUCAUGGUGUUCAUUCUUACCUACGGCCUGCACAUGAUCAUGCAGGUUCGCACCAUGGACCGCUUUGAUGAUCCAAAAGGCCCAGCGAUUUCAGUGCCUCAGAGUGAGUGAUUUGAGCCGAAAACAACCAAAAACUGUCAUGUUGUCAAAAUAUCAUUGAUUUGUAUGUGUGAAAACUGAUGUGGUUGGUAAUCAGGAAUUUAUGGAUCUAGCAUGAGUGUUUUUAAGAGUAUGUAUAUUCAAAGGCAAACCAUAUUUUUCAAUUUUAUUUUGAUGUCUUGUAGAAAGUGGUGAAAUUAUUUUCAUCUCUCCCUUAUUACAUUUGUAAUUAUUUAAUAUUUUACAAUAAGGUUCUAUACAUUACAUGCACUAGCUAACAUGAAACAGUGAAUGAUUCCUUUACAGCAUUUUUAAUAUUAAUAUAUAUAUAUUUAUACAUGUCAUAUACACAUAUAUAUGAAGGAACAUGGGUUACCACUGAAUAUUAUAUGUAUUUUGUAUUUGUAAAUUAACAUUGGUCUAGAUUAAUAAAUGCUGCAAAAAGUUGUUCAUGAUACCUAAUGCAUUAAAUUGAACUUACACAUUUCAGUACACAUACAGUGCACAUGCAUGUUUCUCUGUCUACUGGUAAACUAGACAGACUUAUGAAUGCAAUAACGUCUUUGACACGUUUUGCAUUAGAACAUCUUGUGCUGU